AUGAUGGAUUCAUCAUCAAAUGAUUCACGCUGUGAAAUGUGCUCAUCGAUAAAUGAUAAAAAAUGUUUUUCUUGUGAUCAUUGUCAUUUAUUAAUGUGUUAUGAUUGUUUUCAAAAACAUACAAAUCAAUUAAUUGAAGAAUAUUCACAAUUACGAAAACGUUUUUUACAAUUAACAAAUUUAAUUAAUAAUAAACGAGAAUUACUUGUGACAUUUGAAGAUUAUUGUAUACGUAAUGUUAAUUCGGUUUUUGAUGAAGUACUUAACGAUUUACAAAGUUUUCGAAAUGAAAGUAUUGAUUAUGUUAAACAACAUUUUCAAGAUGCUAAAAUUAUUAUAUCAGAUAUGAUUACUAAUAUAAAACCAUUGACAAUUAAAUUCGAACAAGAAUCGAUUCAUGAUAAUAAGAAUAUCAAAUUUGAUUUCGAUAAUCAACAUAAACAAAUUAAUACGAUAGAAGAUUGUCUUAAUCUAUUUUCUUCACCAAAUAUGAAAUUAAAAAUGUUUACGUAUCCACGAAAUAAACUUGAUUUACAUUGUCAAUUAUUAUUAAAUUCAUGUACAACAAUAAAUACAUUUUCUCCUUCAUCACUGGAUAAAUUAAUCUCAGCACAAUGUUUAUAUAGUCAAUCGAACGAAAAUGAAAAUAAAAAAAUUAUUGUUGAUACAGAAAUUGAAGAAUUUAGUCAAAAUAUUUAUACAACAAAACAAAUACAAACUGAUUCUAUGGUUGAAUCGAAUUGUAAUACAGAUAAUGAUGAAGAUGAUGAAUUUUUUUCUUUACAAGAUGAAUUAAGUAGUGAACAUUAUUUAAGUACACGUUAUGUUUGUCAAGGUACAAUAUUAACACAUAAUGAAGUUGAUCGUAUUGCAAGUGAUGGUGAACAUUUGCUGUAUUUUUCUGAUGAAGCAAAAUUACUUUGUUAUGUUACAAAUAUUUCAUCAGAUAAACAAGUAAAUGAAAUAUCAAUUACAAAAGAAAUAACAUGCCGAUGGCCACAUUAUCCUAUACUUGAUUUAGUUUAUUCACCAUCGUCAUCACAAUUUGUUUGCGCAACACGAAAAGGUCUUUAUACAUGUGCUGUUGAUUCAAAUAAUGAUGAUUCAACUAUUGAUAUACAAAUGCAAUUAACACAACAUUGGUCUUAUGUAAGAUUAUCAGCUGAUAAAAAUUUCUUAUGGCUUUGGACGGAUACACCACGUUUAAGUCAAUUACAUGUUUAUUCACCUAAAACAUUUCAUUGUAUAAAAAUAUUUAAUUUAAAUGAUUAUCAAUGUUUUUCAAAUAAUAGUACAUCAUUUUGUAUACAGAAAAAUGUAAUUGCAACUGUAUUUCAAUUUAAACAAAUGAUAAAUACAACAGUAUAUAAAAAAAAAUUUCAUAUUACAUUUUGUGAUAGUACAGAUUUACAUGAAUUAUGUACAAUACGUUUAGGUGAAUGUGAUAUUGACCAUGAAAUUCGUGCGAAUAAUGAUGGAAUUUUUUUUCUAACAAAUGGAAAAAAUCUAUUAUGGAUUGUUGAUCGUCAUGGAAAAAAAGAAUAUGUUAAAUUAUAUCGUACUGGACGUGCUUUAACAAUACAUGGAACAAAUCAAAUAUUAAUAGCUAAUGGUACACAUCAAUUACAAUGUGUUGAAAACUUACAAAAUGUCUAUAGAAAUAUAUAA